AUGCAAGACGCAAAACCGGCAAGCACUCCCAUGGAGACCAACUACAUAAAGGAAAUUUACAAUGAAGGUACACCAUUACAAGAUAAUCACCAGUACAGAAAGGUAAUAGGAAAAUUGUUGUAUGUUACCACUAUUACAAGACCCAACAUUACCACAGUAGUAGCAAUUCUAAGCAGAAAGGUCUCCAAGCCAAGUCAGAUGGAUUGGAAUGCUGUGAAAAGGGUAAUAUGUUACUUAAAGGGAACCAUCAGUUUAGGACUUAGACUUCCAGCAAGCAGAAAGUGUAAUCUGAUUGGAUAUGUAGAUUGGGCUGGAGACUCUACCGACAGAAAGGCCACAAGUGGUUACCGAUUUCUACUUGCUGAAGGACUAAUCAGCUGGACAAGUAGGAAUCAAUCAUGCGUAACACUUUCUUCCACAGAAGUAGAGUAUGUUGCGGCAGCUCAAGCAAGUCAAGAGCUAAAAUGUCUGAGACAAUUGUUAGCUGAUUUGAAAAUCAAGGAUGUCUCGCAUUAG